CGUUACCGGCCGCCUCCAACUGACCCAGGGGUGUCGUUCCCACGAGUCACGUGUGCGCUGGUUUGCCGUUGGGAUCGCGUGAUCCCGGGGGAGCAGCGUGCCGAGGGGGUGAGGUGCCCUGGCCCAGCAGCCUGUUCGGCCGGCAGUGCCGCUCACACCCCGGUUUUUGCGCUGGCAGAUAAAAACUGUAUCCAUUUGAAGGAAAUGGAGAUAAUUGAAAAAACAGAUUCAGAUUGUUACUGUUACAUACAAAAUGGAACAAUGCACUUAAAAAAUAUUUGGUCAUCUAUUCAGGUGAAAAUUAACAGCACAGAAAUGUUCAAGUUUGUGCCUAUCUUGGCUGACAGCAAUUGUCAUAAUUCAGAAACUGUUCUUGCAUUUUUCAAGUGCGUUGUUCAAAUUAUUUGGCAACCAGAGGCAUCUAAAGAAAUUGUCAUAAAUAUAAACCAAUAUGGAGAGAAUAUGUGCUUCAUAGUCCAACCCUACAAGGAAGUACCCUACACCGUGAAUGUACAACAAAAUAUGGUGGAUAGGAAACUCGUCCUUUUGUUCGUUGCUGGUGUUUUUCUGUUCCAUUUUGCAAAUGCCUUGAGUAGGAGUGCUAUUUUCUAUUACUCUGCUGGAGUGGCACUGGGUGUUCUUGCAACGCUAGUCUUUCUCCUGUUGACACUUAAAAGAUUUAUUCCAAAGCACAGCACCUUUGGGAUUUUAAUGAGUGGCUGCUGCAUGUCCUCUCUCUACUUUAUUUACUGUUUGAAAGGGGAAAUGAAGUGGCUGUGGUCUGAAUAUAGAAACUACUUACUGGGGUAUUUUCUGACUGUUGGAUGUACGAGCUUUGUGGUUUGUUACAAGCAUGGACCACUAACUCAUGAGCGAAGCAUAACCCUCUUGACAUGGACAUUACAAUUAAUAGCCUUUAUCUUGAUUUAUUUUGGGGUCACCAACCCCCAGGUGGCAUAUGCAAUCAUAGCUAUCAUCCUCUGUUCAAAAGGCCUAUGCUAUCCCCUUGGCAUGGUCUGUUUUGUGGGCAGAAAAAUCAGGAAUUUUUGUAAAUCCAAAAAGCUGGUGUUUCGGCUUCUUACUGAAGAGGAGUACAGGGAGCAGGGGGAAACAGAGACUAUGAAAGCCUUGGAGGAGCUACGCUCAUUCUGCAGGAGUCCAGAUUUCUCAUCAUGGUUAGCUGUGUCCAAACUCCAGUUCCCUAAAAAAUUUGCAAACUUUGUUUUGGGAUCUCCCCACGUGUCACCUGCAGAAGUGAGCGAAUACGAUGAGCAAUAUGGCAUUGGAGGUUCCUUCUUGGAACAGCAACUCUUUAGCACAGAGAUAGAGCCAGUGCAGUACCCAUUAGCCAAUACCAUUCAGGAGGAAAAUUAUGAAGAUGAUGAAAUGCAGGAACAAAACGAAAGUGAAAAUGUUUCACGUUCCAACAAUAUUGGAUUAUUUUGAACCAUAUGGAAAAUUUCUUGUAAGGUAAGAAAAUGAAAUCAAGUUGGAAAAGAAGGCUAUCUACUCUCUCAGAGCCCUACUUCUAACUUGGCUGUAGAGGGCAACAAAGAUUCUUUGAAGAAUGUAUUCCUGCUUCACUGCUGAAAGUAGUAGUAAGUUACUGGGUUUUUUAAGUCAAUGAUAGAUUCAUGUAAUUGCUAUUUUUUACCUCAUCUGUGUAUUUACAGCAGGUACCAAGCAGCUGCAAUGCAAACUUGCCCCACCGCUGUGCCUCAACUGCCCUGAACGUACUUCCUCUCUAGAGGUCUGUUCUCUCUGUGCCCUCUCAGUCCUGGGAAUGCCAGAUGGAGAGGAAGUCAUUAAUGAUACCACUUUUACUAAGUGUUCUAUCUGCUAAUACAUUCAUUUGAACUCCUUUUCUAAGAGGCUAAUCGUCCAGUUAUGUUUUCAUACUUUUUUGGGCAGACCUGCAUGGAGAUAAAAUGUUUGAGAAACUCUUGUAGCUGUAUAAGGCAAGUGCUUCAUAAGGCACCUGCCUUGCUUACUACUCUGAUAUGGUCUGAUACCUCCCCUGGGUUCAUCUCAUCUGCUACAUCAGUUUUAAGUUCCUCACUCUCUCCUUCAGAGCCACACUCUUUUGCGAGGAGAUAAUGGAGUUAAUGGGAAGCAGAGUGUGUAGCCAAGUCACACACUUAUCCACCACCAUCUUUGUUCCCUCUCCUACCCAUACUUGCCCUCUUUACUAUCACCCCCUAAUGCCAAGAGCCCUCAACCUGACCCAGUUCUUCAGCUCCCCCCUCCAAGUGUCUCCCUCUCUGGGAAUUACAGAGGGACAUGUGUUUUCUCAAGCAUAUUCUUACUCUUCCUUUCAGCCUCAAUCUUCCCCCCUAACAAAAGUCCCAAGGCAAAAGCACAAACACUCACUAUUCCAGCCCUACAAAUGUGUCCAGUGAAGGCUCCAGAGCCUGGGGCUGUAUUAGAUGCUCCAAAGACUUCUCUUCGGUGCGGAUACCUGGAGUAAGAUCGGCUAGGGAGAAGCUGGAGCUGCGUGGUUCAGAGCACCCAUAAGUGUCCUGGGAAUCAGCCAAGUUUCACAGUGGGCCUUACCCCCAGGACCACAGGCAGGGAGGAAGUGGUAGAGAGCUCCUCCCCCUUGUCCUUCUCCAGAAUUUCUCUCAGGAGGUGGGGAUCUAGUCAUGGCAAGAAAAUAAUUAUAAUCAACUGUCAAACAAGAAUAGAAGAUUCUUACAAAUAGGAUGUCCCUAGCUAUUGUCCUUCAGAUUGUGUCCAUGUCCCCUCACUUUUCACAUACACUCUGCUUCCCAUUAACCCCACUAUCUCCUCAUAGGUGAGUGAGGGUCAUCAUUCCUCCCCCAAAUGCCUUCCAGAAACUGUUCCAUUCCAACAUGCACCCCUUCCCGCCCCCCCGCUUAUUUAAAAAACAUGUCGCUCUGCAGAGCAGGCUGUGCUGAGUUUGAAGCCAGGCUGACUCAGCAAUGUACCCAAAGGGCAAGUUCACCUUUUCUGGAGAUUCUCCAGUUGCUAGUCUCCAGGGAACAGGGUGGGAUCCAAAUCACAUAAAACAGUGCCAUAAAAGAAACAGCUUAAAAUACAUAAUUACACAUGGGGGCCUUCUUAUACCAAAACAUCAUCAGAGCUUGCCUUUCUGCCAGCACUUCCAAGAGAAAAUUAGAGGGGGAUUCCAGGAUGCUCUAGAGUUUAAAUUAAAGUUUUAAAAUGGGAAUGUUUCCAUUUUACAAUAAAGAGAAGCCUACCACUUAUUAAACACCAUCACGUCACCUCUUUCAUUCAGGUAGACAAGUGCAUCCUAUAGUCAUACAGCAGGCAUGUGAGAGAAGAUGAGCCCUGCAUCUCAAGUUGAUAAAUCAAAUAGGGACCAGGAGUAUGUUAGCAGCUCUACUGACCUAGAAUCUAAUUGUCAUCAGUACAACACAGAGGGGGGACUCAGAUUCAUAGCCACCCACAAAACAAUGGUCAGAACCAUGGGAGAGGUGGAUAAAAGCCCAAGGUCCUUAGCUGCCUUGCAGAGGAGUGGAUCUCCCUGUUGGCACAAUGGCCUUACAUGGCUGGCAGAGGUUUAUGUCACACCUGUACUGUGGAAGUUAAGUACUUGAAAUGUAUUGUUAUAACUGAAACCAUAAAAGGUUCAUGAGUAUCUGGGCAAUCAAGGAAAGGCAACAUAAUAUGGACACAUUUCAGGUUCUCUGCACCAUACUAAAGCAAGUAAAUGAUUGUCAACCAUAGUGGACAAUUAGCUGAAGAAUCACAAUCAAGAAAUUUAAGGGACAUGUUUUGUCCAAAUCUAUGCAACCUUCUUGGGCUUUCUGAAACAAAACAGCGAAUAGAUUGGUGAUGAUGUCCCACACGAGAAUAGUAUCAUUGUGAAGGAGGUAAUAUCCCUUUAAGGGACAGCCUGGAGUAUAAUCAGAGACCUUGCUCUACCCUAAGGAUGGGCUGUAUAAACAGAAAAACUAAGCAAGAGAGAAGGAAGAACUGUGCAAACAACAGCAGGUGUUCGCUAUUUUCUCUCAGAUUGGCCCCUCUGCUGGAGCUUAAUUCGAGGCUUUGUUCAUAGAUUUAAGUUGGGGAGCUGAAGCAGAUUCUGAGAUAAGGACCUUACUGGUGGAUUAGUUGAAUUACAGUACUCCUGUCCUGAAGACUUGGUAAGAGAGAACUUAGUUUUGUUAGAAAUGUAGCCGUGUUAGUCUGGUGUAGCUGAAACAAAAUACAGGACUAUGUAGCACUUUAAAGACUAACAAGAUGGUUUAUUAGA